AUGGUUGCUCCAGCUGAUUUAACUGCUUUAAAUAAAAUAGUAACACAUCCACGUAUUAUUAUUCAACAUGAUUGGUCUACUAAUCUAAAAAUGAAAACAUUACCUGUUGAUGUUUGGCUUGAAUUUAAAUCUGGCAGUGCUAGUCUAUCACGUAUAGCACAAAAUAUUCAUGGUGUGUGUUCAAUAAAAGCUUUAGCAGAUGAAGCAGCUAAAAUUUACAAAACAUCAACAAGUGAUAAUUUUCAACUGAAUGAUAUUGAUAGAAAUCAACAACAAUUACGUAUUAAAAUUCGAGAUACGGAUUUUAGUCAUACAUUUCAAGGACCAAUAAAAUCAUUUUCUACAACGAGUAGACAUGAUGAUGAUGAAAAUAAUCAUGAAUCAGAUCCAUUAAUUAAUGUACCUGAACUUCCUAAAAAUCAAACACAGCAACCACAUUUAUCAGUUUAUCCUCAUUGGUUUGAUAUUAGUUCUGGUGGUGUUGGUUUAACAGCAUUAAAUAAUGGAAAAAUUACUAUUUGGGAUAUUGAAAAUGGUGAAAUACGACGUAAAUUAAAAGGUCAUGUUGAAGAUGUUUAUGUAAGUCGAUUUUUUCCAUCAGAUUUUGCUGUCGUCUCUGGUGGAGCUGAUAUGCGUGUUAAAGUUUGGUCACUUGAUAAUGAUAAUAAAGAAAUACAAAAUGUAACAUUUAGUGGACAUCAUUCACGUAUUAAUGAUGUUCAUGCAGUUAAUCAACAACAUGUAUUAAGUGCAUCAAAUGAUGGUACUGUUAUAUUAUGGGAUAUUAAAAAAAAUGAACAAUUAAAUAAAAUAGUUGAAUUACAACAAAAUAGUAUUAAUUGUGUCAGUUUAAUUGAUUCAUCAUUAUUAGCUUGUGCUUGUAGUGAUGGUUCAAUUCGUUUUUAUAAUUCAAAUAAAAUUAAUUCUAAAGAAACAAUAAGUACAAUUACAAUUGGUUCACCAAUUAGUACACUUUGUUAUUUGUCAGAAUUAAAUCAACUUAUUUAUGGUACUGAACAAUCAAUAAUUGGUAUUUAUGAUAUACGACAAUUAAAUGAUAUACCUAUUCAUACAUGGAAAGAACAACGAGGAAAAAUAACAUGUAUUGUUCCUAGUCGUGAUCAACAAGGUAUAUUAAUAACAACAACUGAUGGUAGUUGUUUUGAAUAUAAUAAAGAUGAAUUAAAAUCAAUGUCGGAUGUAGAACAAUUUCAUGUUCGUGAUUUUACAGGUGCAGAUGAAUCUAUUCUGAAUGGAAAAGUAUUUAACAAUAAAGUUUAUUCAAUUUGUCGUGAUGGUCUUGUACGUGUCUAUGAGAAUAUAGAAUAA